AUGUUGUUUUCCAAGGGAUUGGCCAUCGCUGGCAGCCUCCUGAUCACAAACUCCAUUGCCUACAAUGUUUCAACCUAUUCAAGCUUCCGGAGGAUAGAAUAUGGUAUGGCAAGCCCGCAACAGGCUCCGCAUCCUCCCAGACCUCGACAUUUGGACUUGGGCCAAUAUCUCAACAACCUGCCUCCUCUCCUGCAAGUAGGAUCCCGUCCGUCCAGAGCUCGCCGCGAGUCUGUCACCCUCAACAUCCCAGCUUCAGAUCAAAGCUGCCCUGAUCCGGCUCAGAUUGGUGCCAGGGAUCCACAUGUAGCAAACCCUCCUCCUUGCCCUGAACCUUGGACAGGACCACAUCCUCCAGCGCCUCGACAUUUGGACGAAGACCAACAUAUUGAUGAUCCGCCUCAUAUCCUGCAACUGGUGCCACAUGUUUCCCGAGCUCGGAACAUCGUGGUCUCGAGACAGUCUGGCUCCGAACAGGAGAUCAGAUACACCGUUGGUGAAAUCACAUACUCCAUAGAAUGGGAAAAUGCCACGAACUUUAUCGUGAGCAACACCACUGGCGGGGAUUACUUGGAAUUCUCAACAUGGGCCGAUGGCCGUCUCGAGCUCUACUCAUCUCGCGAGGAUGAAUACUCGACUCUCGUCUGUGCCGACGAUGAGCAUCGAGCGCUACCCCAAACUCCAUUGGGUCUCGCAACAUGGAAUAGAGGACAACAGGUACGACCUCACUCCACCUCCAUCGACGACUAA